AUGGAUGAUGAUGCAUGUUCCUUUCAACGUCAUUCACAGGAUGAAGAACACCAUACUCAUCAUUUCUAUCAGGCACAUUGGUAUUCCACAUCUCCCCAAGCUAUUUGGAAACACAUGACAGAUGCUGGAACGACCUUGUUGCCUCACAUACUUCUCACCUCGAAUUUGAUUUUAUUUGCAGGAUUUUUCUUAUUGUCACCACACGCCAUGAAAAUAUUACGACCGAUUAUUUUCGGAGUGUUUCGAAUUGCAAUCAUGAUUGUUUGUAUGCUUCCCUUAAUGCUCUAUUUCGAUAGAAAAUAUUCAUUUAGGAGUGAAAAGAGUUUAAGAAGGAGAAGAGAAGCCUAUUUAUCGACUCUAUCAGCAACCAAAGAGUCCUGUAAUUUUGUCAUUUACGUAUGCUACUCGCUGUGGUAUUAUUUAUUUUACACAAAAUUCUUUGACUCCAUUUUGAGGAAACUACCAAAGAAAAAGCAAGCGAAAAUCUUGGCCUUGUGUGGAUUUAUCAUUAUCAUGAAUCAAAUUACAUUUCUCUCUGGAUAUUAUCUCACGAAUGCAACUGUGAGCGGAAGCAUGUCACCCCUCACAGCCGUUAUUACGUGCUCUCUUUCAAUGCUCAUUGGAAAUGAACCAAAAUCAUGGCUCAAAUUGUUUGGAGUUGUCACCUCGGUGUGUGGAGCUAUAGCAAUGGUGCUCACCACUGCUCUUCUCAAACAACAUUCAUUUAGUGCCAUCUAUUCAGAGAUUACAUCCGAAGAUCCAUUGCAUCAUUAUUGGAAUCCGUAUCAUCCUGGAGCAUUUUCACAAUCGUCCACAUCAAGCGUGACAUUUGUAUUGGGAGUUUUUUGUCUCAUGUUGAGCACUUUGGCAAAUUCUCUCUACUUGCUCUUACAAAAGAAAUUAUUGAACAAGGGAGUCCCUCCAAUUUCAGUCACAUUUUGGUCCUUCUUUUUUGGUUAUGGAAUUUUGGUCAUUGUUGGAUUCUUUUUCUUACCUAUUAGUUGGAGACGAAUUGAUUGGAUGUCCAUUCUUGGAUUAUUCUAUGCUGGAUGUCCUUUUGGAGCUUUUCAAUUUGUUUUUCAAACUAAAGCCAGUUCCAUGACCACUCCAACAAUGGUUGGAAUUUACUCAACCAUGUCACCCAUGGUUGGUCUUGUCACAGGAUUAGCAUUCCUCGGAGAAAAAACCUCUCCAUUUGUAUUAUUUGGAGGAAGUUUCAUUAUUAUUGGAGUUGUGUUUGUAUUAUUUGCAAGAUGGAGAGAAACUCAUACCAAACAGCAAAAACUCUUUUCAUUGGAGCCAAAUGGUAACAUCACCAUGAAACAAGAUGGUAGCAAUAUGGUGAGCGUAAGCAGUGGAGAAUCAUUGUCAUCUUCGACCAAUCAGAUUCUUCUCUCUUCAAAGAAUGAACGUUCAACAACUACUUCGAAUUCAACUUGUUCUCAAAACCUUUCAGCCCAUGAAGAAGCAAUUCACUCGAAAGUUUAA